CUGGAAGUCCCCAGCAUGGUGAUGCUGCUGCUGUGUCCCCAGGGCUCCCAGUCACUGGCAUCUGUGAGCACCCUUGCGGGUGUAGGGCUGGGCUGGGACAUGGGCACCUUCCCCGAGGUGGAUACUGGGAUGAGUGCUGGAGCAGGGACAAGUAACGAUGGCAAAGUUGUCACCUACAUGUCCCAAUGGCCUGUGCCCUGUAUUGCUGCCCAUCCAGCCAGGCCUGAAGGGCUUAUGGCUCCCAUCCCAGGCUGCCACACCAACAGCUGGCAGAGCUCUGCUGCACUUCAAAGAAUGCAAGACAUGUCAUCACACAAUCAUGGGAGGUUGGAAGGGGCCUUAAAGAUCGUUCCUUCCAGCCCCUGACAUAAGGGGGACACCUUCCACUAGACCAGGUUGCUCCAAGCCUGUCCAACCUGACCUUGGACAUUUCCAGGGAUGGGGUAUUCUCAGUACCAAAAUACUCCAACAUGUGGAGUACUCCAAUAUAAGAACUAUUCCUAUAUACUGGGCUUCCACCUAUAUUGGAACAUUCCAGUAUAAAGAUUAUUCCCCCAGCACACUGCACUGUACCCGUGCCCCUCAGGAUUCCCCCUAGCGAAGCCAUCCCCAUGGCAAAGCCCCAUCCCGGGCUCUGUCCCUCGGCGCCCGGGCUCCCCCCGGCCGCCACAGCCGCGCACCUCCCCCGCUCCUGCAAUCGUGGCUCUCGGCUAUAUUUAGCCCUCCCCCGUGCUAUUUCGCUUUCCUGGCAGGAGUUUACAACUGGUCGGGACAGCCCCACCUCCUUUCUGCUUUCUCUCCCUUCCCUUCUCUUCCCUUCCCUUUCCCCUUUUCCCCUCCUCUCCGCUCCCUCCCCCUGCUGCCCUGGAGCCCAUGCCCGCAGUGCCCGGCUGUGCCCGGCAGUGCCCGGCUGUGCCCGCAGACAGAGCCCUGCUCCGCUGCAGCCCCCGCCAUGGGGCCCGCCGAGGAGCUGGUCCGCAUUGCCAAGAAAUUGGAUAAGAUGGUGGCCAGGAAGAGCACGGAAGGGGCACUGGAUCUGCUCAAAUCCCUUACUGGCUACACCAUGACCAUCCAGCUGCUGCAGACCACACGGAUCGGAGUGGCUGUGAACUCAGUGCGGAAACACUGCUCAGAUGAAGAGGUGGUGGCCUCAGCGAAAAUCCUCAUCAAAAACUGGAAGCGGCUUCUGGAGUCCACCACCACAAAAAAAGAGAAGGAUGCAGAUGGGAGGAAGGAGAAGGAUGCAGAUGGAGACAAGGAGAAGAAGAAGGGGCUGGAUGUUUCCAGUUGCCCCAGUGAAGGGGUGAAGCACAGCAAGAAUGCAGCUGAGAAGCACAAGGAGAGGAAGCCCAGCAAGUGUGACUCUCACACCACCAGCACCCAGGGCCGCUCUGCCAAUUCCAGCCCAGAGAGAGAGUCCAGUGAUGGCCGGAGCCCCACUGCAUCCUUCAAGAAAUCACCUCUGGAUAGCAAGAAAGAGAGGAGAGCCUCUGCUGACUCCAGGUCCUCAACCAUCUCCUCUUCCUCCCCACAGAAGAGAUUGUCAGGAGAAAGGAGAGCCUCCACGGGCACCAGACUCUCCCCAGCUCCCUCCAGCUCCCAGAGAAGCUCCAGUGACAGCAAGGAGGAAAGAGCCAACAGCAGCAAGGCCAAGCCUGAGGUGCCGCGAACCCCCACCAGUCCAUCCUGCUCUCCCAGCCCCUGCUUCUUGGCUCCCUGCUAUCUCACGGGGGACUCAGUGCGAGACAAGUGCAUUGAGAUGCUGACAGCUGCACUCCGCGUGGAUGAUGACUACAAGGAGUUCAAUGUCAACUGUGAGAAGAUGGCAUCAGAGAUUGAAGACCAUAUCUUCCAGGAGCUGAAGAGCACAGACAUGAAGUAUCGCAACCGGGUGCGGAGCAGGAUCAGCAACCUGAAGGACCCCAAGAACCCGGGUCUGCGGAGGAAUGUGCUGUGUGGGGCCAUCGAGCCCGGCCUCAUCGCCCGCAUGACUGCUGAGGAGAUGGCCAGCGAUGAGCUGAAGAAGCUGCGGAGCGCCAUGACCCAGGAGGCCAUCCGGGAGCACCAGAUGGCCAAGACAGGCGGCACCGUCACCGACCUCUUCCAGUGCAGCAAGUGCAGGAAGAAGAACUGCACGUACAACCAGGUACAGACGCGCAGCGCUGAUGAGCCCAUGACAACAUUUGUGCUGUGCAAUGAGUGUGGGAACCGCUGGAAGUUCUGCUGAUGCUGCUGGCGAGUGGGCUGGAGGGAGCAUGAUGCAAGCAAGACAAGAUGCUGUGACACCACACUGGGCAGCUGGGGUGGGGAGGAGGGGUCAGGGUGGCACCAGUCCCUAAACCCUGGCUCUUUGUUCCCUUGCACUGGGCUCCCUCGGGGAGCCAGCCUCUGGCAAUGUCAAGUUCAUUCGAGAAGGUCCCUGUGAAUUCAAUGGUUCUUCCCUGCAAAUACCUGCCUGCCCUUUGAUUGGAGUGUGCUGGGAUCUCACUGGGAAUGGAUUCGUUCCUGCAAAGGGAGAUUGGUAACAACCUGGGCAGCAUGCCCUUCCCUGAGAGAAAUCUGGGCUUGGAUGAUUGGGGGGCAGGAGAGACAUUGCUCCAUAGACAUGGAGCUGUGCCUGGGAGCUGAGGGUAGCAGAGGGCCUGGUUUUAACCCGAACCCCUUCUUCCUCACCUAAGUGUAUGCAGAGGACAUGGAGGGGACAGGGUGUCUGCAGCGUGUCCAGAUGCUGUUGGGAUGCUACCCUGUCCCUGUGCUCUGUGACAAAUGGAUCAUCUGUCCUGGCUUGAAGGCACCGUGUCCCAGGAAAGAAGGAAGGAUGGCAGGGGGAGGAGUAAGGAAGAACCCUUCCAGCCAUAGUAAUAAAGGUGUGAACUAUC